AUGCACAUUCCAGAGCCAUACGCAGCAGUACGCGCCUUCCUCUAUUACCUGUACACCGACUCAAUUGCGCCCUCGUCCAUCACAAACUCUGCAUCUCCAUCGCCCAGUCUCGAAGAUGUGGCAGGUAUGCUUGUCAUGAGCAAUAUCUAUGACAUGCCACGCCUGCAUCAUCUUUGUGUCGCAAGAUUGGUCCGUGAGCUCGAUAUACAGCACGCUGCUCUCAUCUUCGAUUGCGCAAGCGUUGCUCAAGAAACUUGGCUGAAGCGUCGUGCAGCGAGUUUCUGCAUGACACACUGGGGACGUGUAGUGCGUACGGAGGGAUUCCGACGACUUUCGCGUGCCGCCAUGCUUGAGCUUUGCGAGGAAGUGGAUGCUGAAGGUCGAGUUGUCGGUGGAGACGAGCUUGAAGCUGUCGGGGCACUCGGGGGUGCAAGACUCAGCACUCUCAGCAAUUGGCCCGAGGGCAGAAAGAGGAGAAUGAACUCUGAGAGCGGACUCAUGGAAGAGAUUGCUGACGAAGAAGAGGAAGAGGGCAUGGAGGUUAAUUAA